CAGAGGUGGAGCAGACACCCAACGCGACACGGGCCCCUCAGGGGAUUGGUCUUGAGACGGCAGAUGCACCAGGUAAUGCAACAGGUGCAACAAGCAAUGCAACAGAAGUACAUAAGAAUGUGACAGAAGCGCCUAGCAGUGUAAAGCAUGCAUCAAGCAAUGCUACAGAAACUGCUAAGAAUGUUACAGAGGCACCCGGCAAUAGAACAGACGCACCUAGAGGUGUAAAAGAUGCAUCUAGCAAUGCUACAGGAACAGCUAAGAAUGUUACGGAAGCACCCAGCAAUAGAACUGAAGAAUCUAGUAAUGACACAGAAGUUCCCAGCAAUAGGACAGAAACACCAAGUGGUGAAAAAGAUGCGUCAAGCAAUGCUACAGAAACAGCCAGGAAUUUUACAGAGGCACCCAGCAAUAGAACAGACGCACCUAGUGGUGUAAAAGAUCCAUCUAGCAAUGCCACAGAAACAGCUAAGAACGUCACAGAAGCGCUCAGCAAUAGAACAGAAGCACCUAGUGGUGUAAACGAUGCAUCAAGCAAUGCCACAGAAACAGCUCAGAAUGUCACAGAAGCGUCCAGCAAUAGAACAGAAGCACCUAGCGGUGUAAAAGAUGCAUCUAUCAAUGCUACAGAAACAGCUAAGAAUGUCACAGAAGCGUCCAGCAAUAGAACAGAAGCACCUAGUGGUGUAAAAGAUGCGUCAAGCAAUGCCACAGAAACGGCUAAGAAUGUUACAGUAGCACCCAGCAGUGGAGCAGAAUCAGGUAAUAAUGACACUGAUACACAUAGUAAUCGAACAGAAGUACCAAAUACUGUACAAGAAGCCCCAAGUAAUGCAACGGAAGCACCUAGUAGCGAGACAGGACUCUUUAAUAAAACAUUUGCACCCAGCAAUGGAACAGAAGCACUGAGUAAUGCAACCGAUUCAGCCAGCAGUGCUUCAGAAACACACAGUAAUGUAACUAGUUCAUCAAAUCCAGGGGUAGUUGAUGUACCAAAAAGAACAAAUGGUACUCUUCAUCAAGGAGGAGGAGGAGGAGGAUUUGAUGGACAUGAUAGACCGAUCAUUGAUUAUGGAGGGAUCAAGCCCGGAACCUGCCCAGUAAAUGAAGAGGAAUUCGGCAUCUGCGGUGGUUCACCAUGUCGAGGUGACGAGGAUUGCGAAGGUCCAAAGAAAUGCUGUCAAAGAAGCUGUGGAAAGCAGUGCGUGCUUGUUCCCAUUGAUUUUAAGGAACCUGUUGACCCUGUCUCACGCGGAGAUGCAAUAGAGCAUCCUGGUAUCUGUCCGAUGGUAUUCGAAGGAAGUUCACUGUGCAAUGGAGCAACCUGCCUCAAUGAUGGCGAUUGCCGUGGCGACCAGAAGUGCUGUUUUGAUAUGAUGUGUGGUGGUACAGAGUCUCGUUGCAUGUCAGCUCCUCAAAUCCAUACAGGUCUGAUUCCUCCUGAGAUUCACCCAGGUGUCUGCCCGGGUGACGUUGGCGCUACCCCUAUGUGCGAUGGGGCGCUUUGCAUCCACGACGGAGAAUGUGGACCAGGAGAAAAGUGUUGCUCAAGUGCGUCAUGUGCAGAAGGACUCCGCUGUAUGCCAGCUCCUCAAAUCCAGCCUCCUGUGGUCGUACCUGGUGUCAAGCCCCGAUUCGGCUCGUGUCCAACGUUGGGUGUAAACUGUGAUGGUCAAGAAUGUUUGUCUGAUGGAGAUUGCUUUGAUAAUGAGAAGUGCUGCGAAGCUGACUGCGGAUCUCGCUGCACCAUCCCUGUAAUCGCCCUACCACCUCCUCCAGAGGUCCACCUUGGCCAGUGCCCUUCCAUAGAGGCAGAGGGCGCUUGUGACAAUCCUCUGUGUCUUCACGAUGGCAAUUGUGCCACGUCAGAGAGGUGUUGCGUAAGCGCCUGUGGAUACCACUGCACACCGGCUAUUCCAUUGGCACCGAACCUGGGUCCUCCUCAGUGCAGUGGUGAUCUGGUAUUCAACAGAUGUGCGGUGACAUGUGAGCUUACCUGUGACAACCCCAAUCCACGACCAUGUACCAGAGAGUGUGGUAUCGGCUGCUACUGCCCCGAAGGCACUAUCCGAGAGUCUGAGAAUAGCCACUUUUGCUUUCCAGAUGUCUCAUUUUGUCUUCCGCCAAACCCAGACUCCGAACCUGAACCUGAACUGGUGCUUAACUUGUGUCCUGGAGACCUGGUAUAUAACGAGUGUGGAUCCCCAUGUGAAAUGACCUGUGAGAAUCCAGAGCCUCGGAUGUGCAUCAAAAUGUGUCGCCAAGGAUGUUUCUGUCCCAGUGAUACAAUAAGGCUUUCACCGGACAGUGAUACAUGCUUGCCAAUUUUAAUGGAUGCAGCUAUCCAGGAUAGUUGCCCAGAAUCUGAACCUGUAAUUGUGGUGCCUCUUAUAAUGUGUCUUGGAGACCUGGUAUAUAACAAGUGUGGAUCAGCAUGUGAAAGAACCUGUGAAAAUCCUUUCGCUGAAUGCACCGAAGAGUGUCGCGGAGGAUGUUUCUGUCCUGGUGACAAAAUUAGGCUUUCACCAGACAGUGAUACCUGCUUUCCAAUUUUAAUGGAUGCACCUAUACAGACAAGUUGCCCAGAAACUGGACCAGAAGCUCCUCCGUUGAUUAACUUGUGUCCUGGAGACCUGGUAUAUACUGAGUGUGGAUCAGGAUGUGAAAGGACCUGCGAUAAUCCUGAUCCAGAGAUGUGCACCGAAGAGUGUCGCUCAGGCUGCUUCUGUCCAGGUUUCACAGUAAGACGUUCAACGGACAGUGACACUUGCUUUCCAAUUUUAAUGGAUGUAGGUCUCCAAGUUAGUUGUCAAGACUCCGAACCUGAACCUAUACUGGUGCUUAAUGUGUGUCCUGGAGACCUGGUAUAUACUGAGUGUGGAUCAGGAUGUGAAAGGACCUGCGAUAAUCCUGAUCCAGAGAUAUGCACCGAAGAGUGUCGCUCAGGCUGCUUCUGUCCCGGUUUCACAGUAAGACGUUCAACCGACAGUGAUACUUGCUUUCCAAUUUUAAUGGAUGUAGGUCUCCAAGUUAGUUGUCAAGACACUGAACCUGAACCUGAACUGGUGCUUAACUUGUGCACUGGAGACCUGGUAUAUAACGAGUGCGGAUCCCCAUGUGAAAUGACCUGUGAGAAUCCUGAGCCUCGGAUAUGCAUCUUAAUGUGUCAGCCAGGAUGUUUCUGUCCCAGUGAUACAAUAAGGCUUUCACCCGACAGUGAUACCUGCUUGCCAAUGUUGAUGGAUGGAGCUAUCCAGGACAGUUGCCCUAAGGAUGAAUCUCGACCCUGUGAGGGUGAAAGACGGAAGAAGAUGGAGGAGAGUGAGAACCGAGAGGGCAUCUUCAUCCCCCAGUGCACCCAGGAUGGUUACUACGCUCUGGAGCAGUGUUACGAGGGCAAUGGUACUUUCUGCUGGUGUGCCGAUACAGAGACUGGAGCCGUCAAACCAGACACGGAAGUCCAUGGUGCUCGUGCAGACUGCGAGCGUUUCCUUCCAGAUCCUUCACUUAUCAACCAAUGUCCUGAAGGCAAGGUCUUUGCUGAUGGCGUCAAGAAAUGCGUCCCAGUUCCAAGGAAAGAUCCUGAAUCAUGUCUGCUCCCUUUUGUCAGAGAUGAGAAUGGUGAAUGUGUCCCCCCUACUUGUGAAGGUGACCUGUUGUAUAACACAUGUGGUUCGGCUUGUCCGGAUAUAUGCAAUGAGGAGCCGGCUCAAUUCUGCACAUUCCAGUGUGUGCUUGACUGCACAUGCCCUGAUGGGUUGUAUCGCGUUGCCGGUACCUCGCGAUGUUUAGCCCAGGAUUCCUGCCCAAGACCAUGUGAUGAGGGAUACAAGCAUAACGAGAAUCUUGAAUGCGUUGUUGCCAAUCCCUGCCAUGAAGUGCUUGCAGCAGCCGAUGAAAAGACCAGUAGGAACAUGGUAGGAGUCUAUACCCCCUCCUGUACUUCCGAAGGCAAGUAUCAGCCUGUACAAUGUCACGGAAGCAUUGGAUUUUGUUGGUGUGCUGAUAUGGAGACAGGACUUGAACAAGAGGGAACCAAGAUGAGAGGAACUCCAGAAUGCCCAGAACCACCCGCCCCAGAAUGUACAGGGGAUCUUGUGUACAAGGAAUGCGCCUCGGCGUGUCCGGAAUUCUGCGGCCAGUCUCCAGAGCGUGCCAUGUGUAUCAUGAUGUGUGAGCCUGGCUGUGGGUGUCCAGAUAACCUGAUCCUUGAGAGCGAGGGCGGCGAUGUCUGUGUUGCUGCAGAAGAUUGCCCAGCCCCUACUUGUGAAGGUGACCUGUUGUAUAACACAUGUGGUUCGGCUUGUCCGGAUAUAUGCAAUGAGGAGCCGGCUCAAUUCUGCACAUUCCAGUGUGUGCUUGACUGCACAUGCCCUGAUGGGUUGUAUCGCGUUGCCGGUACCUCGCGAUGUUUAGCCCAGGAUUCCUGCCCAAGACCAUGUGAUGAGGGAUAUAAACACAACGAGAAUCUUGAAUGCGUUGUUGCCAAUCCCUGCCAUGAAGUGCUUGCAGCAGCCGAUGAAAAGACCAGUAGGAACAUGGUAGGAGUCUAUACCCCCUCCUGUACUUCCGAAGGCAAGUAUCAGCCUGUACAAUGUCACGGAAGCAUUGGUUUUUGUUGGUGUGCUGAUAUGGAGACAGGACUUGAACAAGAGGGAACCAAGAUGAGAGGAACUCCAGAAUGCCCAGAACCACCCGCCCUAGAAUGUACAGGGGAUCUUGUGUACAAGGAAUGCGCCUCGGCGUGUCCGGAAUUCUGCGGCCAGUCUCCAGAGCGUGCCAUGUGUAUCAUGAUGUGUGAGCCUGGCUGUGGGUGUCCAGAUAACCUGAUCCUUGAGAGCGAGGGCGGCGAUGUCUGUGUUGCUGCAGAAGAUUGCCCAGCCCCUACUUGUGAAGGUGACCUUGUGUAUAACACAUGUGGUUCAGCUUGUCCGGAUAUAUGCAAUGAGGAGCCGGCUCAAUUCUGCACAUUCCAGUGUGUGCUUGACUGCGCAUGCCCUGAUGGGUUGUAUCGCGUUGCCGGUACCUCGCGAUGUUUAGCCCAGGAUUCCUGCCCAAAACCAUGUGAUGAGGGAUAUAAACACAACGAGAAUCUUGAAUGCGUUGUUGCCAAUCCCUGCCAUGAAGUGCUUGCAGCAGCCGAUGAAAUGACCAGUAGGAACAUGGUAGGAGUCUAUACCCCCUCCUGUACUUCCGAAGGCAAGUAUCAGCCUGUACAAUGUCAUGGAAGCAUUGGUUUUUGUUGGUGUGCUGAUAUGGAGACAGGACUCGAACAAGAGGGAACCAAGAUGAGAGGAACUCCUGAAUGCCCAGAACCACCCGCCCUAGAAUGUACAGGGGAUCUUGUGUACAAGGAAUGCGCCUCGGCGUGUCCGGAAUUCUGCGGCCAGUCUCCAGAGCGUGCCAUGUGUAUCAUGAUGUGUGAGCCUGGCUGUGGGUGUCCAGAUAACCUCAUCCUUGAGAGCGAGGGUGGCGAUGUCUGCGUUGCUGCAGAAGAUUGCCCAGCACAAUGUGACAAUGGUAUGGUUUACAACGAAUGCGGCUCCCCUUGUCCCGACUACUGUGGGAAACCAGAGGAUGAAGUAUGCAUCACUAUGUGCAGUCCAGGUUGCUUCUGUCCAGAAGGAACUCUUCUGGUUGAUCAAGAGACGCAGAUGUGUGUUGCAAGGGAAGAUUGCGUCAUUCCCGUCGUACCUGCAGCCAUUGAGAGUCCUUGUCCAACAGUUCUGGAUGCUGCACCUAGAGGAUAUGAGGAAAACAUUUGUCAUUUCAAACAAAUAUUCAUCGUCAAGGCUAGGGAUGAUAGACGAACGAAGGUCUUGGAUGAUCUGACGGUAACACCAAACAGGUUUUCAGUCAAUCGACCCAUCAAAUUAUUUGUAGCUCAAGAUGAGUGUGAUGUCCAAAUGACAGGCCGCUUCAUUAUAUUCAUGGAUAACGAAGUUGAUGCAAUGGACAGAGGAGACAUUAUGCUUGACCGGAACGAUGUGUUAGUCCCCAUGACUGGUCACUUCAAGAAUCGCGUCAAGGAGGCCUUUAACAACUGCCCCAGUGCCUAAAAGAGGUCCCAAUGUACAGCCUUGGGGGACUCACUAUCUUUCUCACCAUUCUAGGGCUUAGACUAGAUCCAUGAAUGUAUUCUCAUUGAUUGGUCUUCCAAUGAGAUAUUUCCAAAGAAUUUUUCUGUGAUUAAUAACCCGACUGGCAUUAUAAUGUAUGAAUAAUUAAAUAAAAUUCACAUAAGUGGACACUUUCACUGUAAAUGUAAAUCUGAUUGUAAUUUAUAAGCUUUUUUAACAUUUUCUCUGUAUUAAAGGAGAGUCUAGUUUUUUUUGUACAGUUGCAGGGCAUUUUUCAAUGGAAUGUGCGUGCCUUAUAUUUCAAAUUGUAUAGUAUUUUAACCACUGCUUCUAUUUUUAUUGGCCACAAAGUCACACACAUUUUCAAACAAAUUGAUUCAUUUUUAGAACAAAUCUGUUGAUUGGUUUACUGCUUGAUGACCUAUGCCCAAGAUUCUUCUAGAUACUUGAUAUCCCAAGUCUUUUAACCAAAAGCUGUGACUAAUAAUUGUCUAUUUCUGUUUUCUCAUGUUUUAUUCUAUAGCAGAUUUAAGAUACCUUUAUGUACAUUUAUGUAAGAAUGUGAAAAUCCUUUUUUGUAGACGUCAGUUGAAGAUAAUGUAAAGAUAGUUCCCUGAAACUUCGUUUAAAAGAUGAAGUUGUCCAAUGAAAACGAAUGCUGCAAUGGAAUAAGGAUGUGAGGUCAAUGUGAUGUGUUGUGUUGUAUAUGGCGUGGUAGGAACUUAUUUAUGCAAUGUCAUAUGAAGCCCAUUAAUGAAUGAAGGUGGUGGAACUAAAGUAAUUUUAUGUAAAAAAAAAAGUCAGUAAAAGCUUCACACAAUGUGGAUAUUUGUUCAUUUCGUUCUGAACUGAUGACAGCAUGCCCCUUUUUAUGAUCUUCUUAGGGGAGUAUUCAGGGUUUGUUUGUAUUUUUUUAUUAAGUUGUGUUAUUCUAAACCAUUCCAUUUCAUACUAUGUAUGUGGAGUUGUGCGUCAGGAAUCGUGUCUUUUAAGAAAUGAAUCCUUUCUGGAUACACGUGUUCUGACUUAAGAAUACCAAUAGAGAAUGGAACGGAUUAAAAGCUCACAACACAA